UUUUAACUAAUAAUUCUUUUUGGUGGGCCAUAGUAGAUAUUGAAAUUAAAGCAACUGGAUAACGAUCAUCAAUUGCUCCAUUCCUUUUCCCAUGACUAAAUCUACAGAGUAAUUUGAUUGUUCGAUUUGAGUGUCUUUUUCGUUGUUGGGCUUCCAAGUUCAGAGUUGGGGAGCUCUAUUUAGUGAUCAGAAGAAUUGAUGGGACAUGUACGUGUCAGGAAUGAAAUAUAUGAAAUACCUUCAGCUGCCCAUGGAAAUGCUGUGAAAUAUACAGAUGUUAUUGAACUCGGCUUGUCAAUAGAUGACAUUUUCACCCGUCUGUGGACAUUGGCCAAUUGUAUAGGCGACCAAUUGAUGCAAUUUAUUGAGGAUCUUGUGCUCAGAGAUCUUAAUAGAUGCCUAGAGAAUUUAGUGGUCAAUUCUCCUGAACAAGAUCCAUUAGCUUUGAGAAAUAGCAUAUCUGAAACUUUUUCAAAAAGUUCUUCAUCAUCCAAACCGUGUUAUGACUGUACAUUCCCCAGAAUACCUGCAAGAAGAGCCCAAGAAUCCAAGGAAGAGUUUACUGUAGAUACAAGUUGUGACAUUAUAGAAAUUGUUGAUUUUUAUGCGGGUUCUCUUCUCAUUUUUCAAGAGUUGUUGAUUUUCCCAAUAUUCGGAUUGCAGUUUGCCUGGAGGUUGUCACUGACCUCUUGCAGAUGUUGUUUCUCUUACAUUAGAUGUGCUCACCUUCGUCUUCGUAGCAUCCUAUCUCGAGUACAGAAGACAUUGCGUGGUUCUUCUGAUGAUAUUGGAUGGUUACAGAAAACUCCAGGAAUGCCUUCUGUGACAGAUGGUACAGUGCGAUUUCUGGAAUUGCUGGCAGAAAUAAGGAAUGGAGAGCACUCCCUCCCUAAUUCAUAUGUUUAUCUACUGGUACCUGGCCUCUUUAGUAAUCAUGGUCCUUUGUACUUCGUGGGAACUAAAAGGUUCUUUUCAAAAAUGGGUCUAGCUUGCCAUAUCGCAAAGAUUCACAGUGAGGCAUCUGUAGAACACAAUGCCUGGGAACUUAAGCAAUACAUUGAGGAGCUAUAUUGGGGAUCUGGCAAGCCCGUGAUGCUGCUAGGCCACAGCAAGGGUGGAGUUGAUGCUGCAGCUGCUCUAUCAAUCUAUUGGAGUGAUUUGAAAGACAAAGUGGCUGGUUUAGCACUGGUACAAAGCCCAUAUGGUGGCACGCCAUUAGCUUCUGAUAUUCUCCGCGAAGGCCAGAUUGCUGACAAGGAAACCAGGAGGAUUAUGGAGCUUUUGAUAUGCAAGCUGAUCAAGGGUGACAUACGAGCACUAGAGGAUCUGACAUAUGAGAAAAGGAAGGAAUUCAUCAUGAAAUACAAAUUACCAGAACAAGUUCCUCUAAUCUCCUUCCACACCGAAGCCAGUAUUGCUCCAGGAGUCCUUGCCACCAUGACUCAGAUAGCUCAUGCAGAGCUUCCUUGGCUUCCCCUUCUGACGUUUGACAAUGAAGAGUCUGAUAGUUUUCUUCAAGCAGGACGCCAGGUGCCUGUGGUGAUGCCUAUAUCUGCUGCCAUGGCUUUGUGCGCGCUACACCUGCAGUUGCGGUACGGAGAGAAGAGUGAUGGUUUGGUAACACGCCGGGAUGCUGAAGUCCCAGGCUCAAUUGUUGUCAAACCAGAUAGGAAGCUUGACCAUGCUUGGAUGGUUUACUCUUCUUCAAAGAAGAAUCCCACAGAGCCAGAUGCCUGUGAAAUGUGUGAGGCUCUUUUGACUCUCCUUGUGGAGAUUGGGAAGAUGAAGCAACAAGAAAUGGGACAAAGCUGAGAAACAAGCAACACUUCAACAGAAGCAAUUCUUUUGGGGGAUUAAACACAUAUACUUUUUUGUUUUACAAUAUUAUAUUGUUUAGCAAAACAUUGAUUGUUUUGAAAUCAGAAUCAGAAGUAUUUUGAUAUGCAAUUUAUGGACUUGCUUUAUUCGUAUUGAAGCUCUUGCAACAAAGAACCUGUAGAUGUGGACAUGAUUUUCCUCCCAAGUGGUGGUUUUCCUUUUGAUAAACCUGUUGUUUUGAUUUAAUACUCGGAUGGAAAAAUAGUGUUUAUAAAACAUUGUACUUUAUAAUGGGCGAUAUAGAUCAAGAAGAAUUAUUGUUUUCUUCUUGUCGUUUUUCAA